UUACAUAUGCGACAGCGUAGGUUAUAAACUCUGUGUUGUUCGUGCAUACCCGCCAUGUUAGUUAUAGUGGAACAGUGAGAGAACCAGAUCUUGUUCUGAAUUCUUCGAGAAAGCACAGUGAACUAGUAUUGUGCCUUGUGAAAGCUGAGGAUGAUUGCUAACUGCGCCCGAAAUGUUUCACGUGGAUUUGCCACUUCAGCACUACGCAAUGGAGGUCACGGGGGAGUUCCCGGUGCGAAUUUACCAUUCGAUAUCUCCAACCGAUGGAAGCUAACUGCUUUGUUCACUGCAUUCUUCGGAAGUGGUUUCGCCGUUCCAUUCUUGGCGGUGCGGUUCCAUAUGCUGAAGGCUUGA